AUGAACCAUGUAUGGCAUCAAGCCCGGUACGCUCGUUGGCAAUUAAUGGCUGAUGAAAUUUUCAAAGAACUAGGUUUUUUACCUGUUAAGAAUGUAAUCACUCCAAUUGUCACUGAGAAAAUCGCAAAUAUGAUGGGCGUGUUAUGUGCAUUCGUUAUUAGUUCUUUAUUGCAUGAAUACCUUAUAAUUGGACAAUUUGAUCUUGGGCAAGGUGAACACGCCUUUUUCUUUAUGAACCACGGUGUAAUAUUCAUCUUGUGGGAGGCUGUUUUUGGUCGUGAAAAUAAAAAUGAGAUUCGAAAAUUAAAAAGUUCUUAA